CCCCUAGGGCUUUAGGGCAUCUUUUGUUAUUCUCUUAGGGCUCAUGCGAUGGACGAGGACGACGAUGGAGGUAUUGGAUCGCUGUUCCUGGACGAGAACUACGUUGAGCAGCGCAUUUCCAUCGGCCAUCACGAUAUUCCUGUGCUCAGCCUACAAUGCUCUUCCACGGAUUACGACCUCACUGGCCAGAUAAUCUGGCCUGGCACCGAGCUUCUCCUCAAUUACAUUGUGGAUCAUAGCCAAAUUUUUCAAGGAGCUUCGAUCAUUGAGCUGGGCUCUGGUGUUGGAGUGACUGGCCUUUUGUGUGGAAGGAUUGGCUGCCGCAAAGUCGUCAUGACUGAUCACAAUGACACCGUUUUAAAGAUCAUGAGGAAAAACGUGGCGCUUCAGCAGGACACGGUGUUGCUAUCGCGGAUUGCCUGUGAAAAGCUUGAGUGGGGGAAUGAAGAACAGCUCUCUCUCAUCCUUGACAAGCAUCCGGAGGGAUUUGACUACAUCCUUGGGGCCGACAUUUGCUACCAGCAAUGCAACAUUCCUCCGCUAAUGAGGACUGUCAACAAGCUUUUGCAACACCACCACUGCCGCAAGUUUUUUCUUGCUUACAUCUCUCGCAUACAAAGCACUGAUCGAGCAUUCUUUAACGAGGCGUCUGAGCACAACCUGGAGUUGCGCGAGGUGGAAGUGUCGAGAACCAGCCCAGGUGAUGGCAUUUACAGCGGUGUGAUUUACGAAAUCAUUCUCAAGCGAGAUUGUCACAAUUGUCGUACCUUUACUGCUCCACAUAUUUGAGAACUCGAAGAGCUUCUCAAUGGUUUCAAACUCCUCUGGAAACGUUAGCAGUCAACCAGAGAAGAUGGUAUGCCAUAAAGGCUUGGAAACUACACAGCAAACAGUGUUUGCGAAGACUAUGUUGGUAUCUAUAUGGUAUUAGUAAACAUAAUUGAUCUUUUCAUUACACAUA